AUUUCCUACAUCACAAGGCUAAUAGGCUAACAGCUCACCCUUCCUGUUAGUACGAACGAUGAAGGCGACUCUCGUUCAACAUCGAUACGCUUCAAAUAUGCCGACAAUAAGGUGAUUUAAGUUUAUUUAAGAGAUGGGUACUCGCAAUAAGAGCAGUUCAUUGUGAGGUUAGUUCCUAAUUCGGACUCCGACGGUAGUAUUGCUUAGAUAGAAGCUAAGCUACAUGUUAACGCUACCCAGACCGGAGGAGUCUCUGUGCAGCUGGCAUAGCUGAUUAACUCACAGCAGGGGAAUAGCUGGCUUUUCUCAGGUUGAAACAAACCUGCCUUUCCAAAGAUGUCGUGGUUCAAUCAUGUCAGUCAAGCCUCACAUCAGCAGCAACAGCAGCAGCCCGCUGACAGCCACAGACUCGCAGACAUGCUGUGUAGCACUCACAACUCCAGGCUCAGGGGUCCGACAGAGGGAUCACUGACCAUGGCAACACAACACUGGACCGGCUGCUCCACUCCCACCCCGGAGGACUUUCCAUCAGCUCCACAGGGUGUAGUCAGCCCUCCGAGCCUUGAAAACCUGUCCUGCGCUUCUCCGGGUGCAGGUAGGGUGAGAGAGCCGGAGCCCAUCUCCUAUGUGAGCCUCCAGGAGCAGCGGUGCGUCCUGAGCUGGUUCCAGGGCUGGAACGCCAGUCAGAGGGAGCGCUUCUUGCAGGACCUUCUGGGGAAAGCUGUACCUGGGAAAGUGUGCACCCUCCUAGAUUCACUCAGUACUCUUCAGGUUAAAGACAGACUACCAAACAUCUUUGAAUGCCAGCUGCGCCUGUGGACCCAGUGGUUUGAGUCAUGGGGAGAAGAGGAGAGGAAUCAUUUCCUGCACAUACUGGAAGAGCGGGACCCAGUUUUUGUCGCCCACUUUUACAGGAGUGUUGCUGGUACAGCAGGAAGAGACUGAGCAAUGUUUGCGUUGUGAUAGAAAAGCAAGUGAAAUGUGUUAGAGAGGUGACGUGUUGGGAAACUUGUAUUAGACCUUCUCCUCAGAGAAUUGCUUGUGUAACUUUGAUGGGAUUUGUGAAGGUGAAACCAUUCCAUUAAGAACA